CGUAGCUGUUAUAAUCAAUCAAGUGGGAAAUAAAAUAUCUGAAAGGCAAAGCAGAGUAGAAAGAAGAAGAGGGAUCUUGAGUGAUUGAAUUCAUUGAUACCCAAAAAACGAAUAAGAAAAGAUGAGAGAGAUAAUAAGCAUACACAUAGGUCAAGCCGGUAUCCAAGUUGGUAAUUCAUGUUGGGAGCUUUAUUGCCUUGAACAUGGCAUUCAACCUGAUGGUUUGAUGCCCAGUGAUAGCACAGUCGGUGUUGGGCAUGAUGCUUUUAACACAUUCUUUAGCGAGACCAGCGCUGGUAAACAUGUCCCUCGAGCCAUCUUUGUCGAUCUCGAACCCACUGUCAUUGACGAGGUUCGAACCGGCACCUAUCGCCAGCUUUUUCAUCCUGAGCAGCUUAUUUCUGGAAAGGAGGAUGCUGCCAAUAACUUUGCUAGGGGCCAUUAUACUGUUGGCAAAGAAAUUGUGGACUUGUGUCUUGACCGAAUCCGGAAACUGGCUGACAACUGCACUGGUUUACAAGGCUUCUUGGUCUUCAAUGCUGUGGGUGGCGGUACCGGCUCUGGUUUAGGCUCUUUGUUGUUGGAACGCUUAUCUGUUGAUUAUGGAAAGAAGUCUAAGCUCGGCUUCACCAUUUAUCCUUCACCUCAGGUUUCAACAGCAGUUGUUGAACCUUAUAACAGUGUCCUCUCCACCCAUGCCCUGCUCGAACACACUGACGUUUCUGUGCUAUUGGAUAAUGAAGCUAUCUAUGAUAUCUGUCGUAAAUCAUUGGAUAUUGAAAGGCCCACCUAUACCAACUUGAACCGUCUAAUAUCUCAGAUCAUAUCGUCCUUGACAACUUCCUUAAGGUUUGAUGGAGCCAUCAAUGUUGACAUUACUGAAUUUCAGACCAAUUUGGUGCCAUACCCCCGGAUUCACUUCAUGCUUUCGUCUUAUGCCCCUGUCAUCUCCGCUGAGAAAGCAUAUCAUGAGCAGCUUUCUAUCCCUGAGAUCACCAACGCAGUUUUUGAGCCCUCGAGCAUGAUGGCUAAGUGUGAUCCAAGGCAUGGAAAGUACAUGGCCUGCUGCCUCAUGUACAGGGGAGAUGUUGUGCCUAAGGAUGUUAAUGCCGCUGUUGCUACCAUCAAAACCAAAAGGACUGUUCAGUUUGUUGACUGGUGUCCAACUGGCUUCAAAUGUGGUAUCAACUAUGAGCCUCCAACAGUUGUACCAGGUGGUGAUCUUGCCAAGGUGCAACGAGCUGUGUGUAUGAUCAGCAACAACACUGCUGUAGCAGAAGUUUUCUCACGGAUCGACCACAAAUUUGAUCUCAUGUAUGCCAAGAGAGCAUUUGUUCACUGGUAUGUUGGUGAAGGCAUGGAAGAGGGAGAGUUUUCUGAAGCUCGUGAAGAUCUGGCUGCUCUUGAGAAAGAUUAUGAAGAAGUUGGAGCUGAAGGAGUGGAUGACGAGGAUGAAGAGGAAGAAUACUAAUGUGAAUUUCCAUGAUAAUCAUGGACAGGAUGUGUUGAAUGCCCUAGUCACUGUGUCGACUUUGAAUUUUUCAGUGUUAAUCUUUUAGUGCUUCAGGCAAUGAAAUUAUAGAAUAUCGACUCCUGUAGUGGAUACAUGUCUGUCUUGUUGAACUGAAUGAUUUUCCUCAAAUGUAGUAUCUGUUUCAUGACGAAGUCAUCAUUUAAACUACUAAUAGUUGUUUCUCUAGAAUUA